CGAACAAGCAUCAGGGCAAAGGAAACCGUAAUGGACAGAAGAAUUUGAUUCUAUCCGACAUCUUUCCAAUAUGCAUGUUUUGCUUACACUUUAAAAACACAAAAGACAUGCCAAAGUCCUCAUGCGGCAGAGGUUGAAACAUGACACCCAUAAGACAAGGGUCAUGGUCAGGACUGUAUGUGGGUGUUCAGCAAUGCUGCUGUGCUGCUAACUAUGGGCGGGAUGGAAGAACUUUUCUACGCAAGAAAAGGGCAGUAUUAACCAGAGAGAGAGCCAUUUCCCCAGCCAGCCCACUGCUAUAAAGAGUCUAGCACAGUGUAGUGUCUGUAGACAGACACCAUAUCAGGAUAUACUGACUUGUCACCUCGGAAAUGUGCAGCUGGUCGUGAAUGGUCCCAGUACAGACUGAUCCAAUACCAGAACAGAACUUCUAACAGUAUUCAAGGCAACAUGGUGGAUCAUCUUGCAUACACAGAAAUCAACAACCAAAGGAUAACAUCUGUGGAAACAUGCUUUGGUUCUGCAGGCCAGCCCCUUCUUCUCCCAGGAAGAGUCCUUGUAGGGGAAGGAAUAUUGACCAAAGAGUGUCGGAAAAAACCCAAGCUAAGAGUAUUCUUCCUCUUUAGUGAUAUCCUUGUCUAUGGAACCAUUGUGAUUAAUAAAGUUAAAUACAGUUGCCAGCACAUAAUCCCCUUGGAAGAUGUGACCACUGAGAAACUUCCUGACAAUGGAGAAAUGAGGAAUCGGUGGAUGCUGAAGACCUCCAAGAAGUCUUUUGUGGUUUGUGCUGCCUCUUACACUGAAAGGGAAGAGUGGAUCAGUCACAUCAAGGAAUGUUCCAGUAGGCUGUUGGCCAAGACUGGAAGACGGCCAUCCACCAAUCAUGCGGCACCCUGGAUACCAGACAAGGCCACCGAUAUCUGCAUGAGAUGCACCAAAACGAAAUUCACAACAUUAACUCGUAGGCACCAUUGUCGCAACUGUGGAUUUGUUGUAUGUCAAGAUUGUUCCCAGCAUAGGUUUGUAAUCCGAUCUUUAUCUUCAAAGCCCUUAAGAGUCUGUUCUCUGUGUUAUCGAAAGCUGAUGUCUGAUAAAUUAGCUGAAGAAAAUGAGAGAAGAGCUGACGAGACUCAAAGGGAAAUGCCAGAAUAUGAACCUUCAAGUGAUGAAGACAGUGACGAAGACAAGAACAUUGACAUUAUUUCCAAUGAAGACUUUUACUCAUCUUCAUGGUCAGCAUUCCAUGACUGAUUUUUCAAUGUCAUUUUAAUGUAGACAAUAAUGUAUACCCUCACAAGCGUUGCUUUCCAGUUUUGUUGUACAAGUGGUGGACGCCUUGGAGACAUAUCAAGCCAUUAAAAACAUUAGAGAUUUGGCUAACUUCCGAGAAACAUAUAAUAGCACAGAUCUAGGUGCACUCUUGUUUUAAGUCUGGUGGGCAAAGUCACGAGAUGAUACCUUCUAAUGGAGACUCGAGGAGGACUUUUCUUCAAAAACUUAAUCUAACCAUUCUAAUCAAAAACAUUUAAAUCUAACUGGUCGAAUAAUGCUUGAUUAGGACAGGACUGGGCUAAAAUAAAAAAUAAAAAGGCUCCAGGGUGUUGACCUGGGGUUACGGGGCAUGAAAAACAAUUGGUGUGGUUAGCCAUCAAGUUUUCUGUAGACAUUUCCAGUAGGCACAUUAUGAUGGCUCUUUGGUAGCCCAAACUACCAGUCCAAAUAAUCUUAAAUAUUCUGUAGCCAAACAUCUGCUUUUCUCUCAACAAAACUGCCAUAAAUGUAUUAUUUGGCAAUAAAUGGACUUUAUAGAGGCACAUAUACUUUGUAGCCUCAGACAUAUAGAUGGUGGAUGAUGUUUAUAACGCUAAGGACUCUAUUGAGAUAUACCCUGAUGUUUUCUAUGUGUAAUGUAUUAACUUUCACAGUCUGAUAUAGAGAAACUGUGAUACAAAUGCUACAUGGAGUGUGACAUAUUAAUUUAUUGGAGA